AUGGAGGUUUCGGAUCGCGCGUCCAAAUUUACUGCGGAAAGCGGCGAUGUGGCUCCGCAAAUGUCCCGUCCAACCGAGGCUUGUUCUCAGGCUCGGGAUGAGGAUGGAGCCGCUCUUAGUGGAAGUCCGUCGUUGACUCAUCGUCUGCGCGAGAGUGCGCGUGGGGAGACUCCAAGGGAGGAAGGAGCAGCAGCACAGGCACGGAGCAGUGGUGUUAUGGAGGCUUCAGGCGAUGAAAAGCGGCGAGAAAAGGAGUCUGUUGUUUCGGACUCGGUGGACGCACCCGAGGCUGUGUCCGUGACAGAGGAAGCAGAGAAAUUAAAUAACGGAGGGAACGGAGAGAACGGAGAGGAAGCAGCGACAGCAGAAACCGUCGGAGCAGAGUGUGGUAGAGACAUUUCUGGAACAGCGGAAACUCAGGCGUCGCACUCUGAGACGGAACUUGCGUGCAAGAAGAUGUCUCUUGAUCCCAACGCUGCUGAGUUCACUCCGUCCUUCGCGCCGUCCCCGUCAGCAGUUGCUGCAACGUCGUUAUUUUCAAACUACAACCCUCUGAGCUCCACUGCCGCUGCGGACUCACAGGCACCAUUGCCUGCACACCCGGGUUUCAGGGCCCCUUAUAUGGGGCAUGAAAUGGGGGAGGCUCUUGUGCCUCCUCCUCCUCCUACGCCCCCCACACCUUUGGCUACAGCGGACGACAGAGUGUCCCGGGUUAUCAUUCUCUCUCUGUUGCCGCCACCUGAACAACUACCUGACGCCGUGUUGGCGCAGGAGAUAGAGAAGACGUGGGGUCCAUUGACGUUUCUCGACCUGUCCCGUCGCUGGGAAGGCGUGGCCAUGGCACAUUUCUUCGACCUGCGGCACGCCAAGGUGGCACUGCGGGACAUACAGCAGCAGCACUGGCUGCAGCAGCAGCGCACUCACCACCGCAUCCUGCUUCGCCUGCGCCAACUCCACUCCAGGGAACCCCCCGAGAAGAUUAUUCAAGACCCCUACCGGCCCCUGCCGAAUGAGAGUGUUCCGCUGAAAGGGCUGGGGUUGGUUGCUGGGUGGGUGGUGUGGGCUCAAGCGGUGGAUCCUGAUGGGGAUGGAGGGGCGUGGGCGGGAGAAGGGAAGGGGGCUGGGCGUGGGAGGGGGUUUGGGGGAGGUUGGGCGGAUGGUGGAGGUGGUGAUGGGAGGUUCGAGGUGGAGAGCAGUGGUGGCAGGGGGGAGAUGGGUGCAGAUGGGUUGCUGCUCUCAGGAUCCGCACCUGGUCCAGACGGCACCAGGAGGGAAUCAGUGAGAGAGACGGAUGCUGGAGCUUCCCUAGAGGAGCAAGUUACAGGCGACUGUGCGAAGGUAUUAAAGGAAGGAGAGAAUGUAUUGAGGGAAGGUGAGAAGGUAUUAAAGGAAGCAGAGAAGGUAUUGAAAGGAAUUCUUGGGGAGAGAGCCAAGGAGGUGUCUGAUGAAGCUUCUGCGAGAUUUCCUGGAGCUGAGUUAGCAGCAGGUGCUGAUGCGAAAGGGGGAGAAGAGGAGGGAAAGGCGUUAGAGAAUGCAGUGGUGAAGGAGGGGUGUUCAGCAGGAGGGAGAGAGGGCGAGAGUGGAGGGGAGAGUGCAAGGCCAAGCGGUGGUGGGCUGGCUGAUGAGUCAUUGCCUCGAGAAGAGGUGUCUCCUGUGUCAUCUCCGGGUCAAGAAUCCAGGACGAAGAUGACAUGGCAGAGGUACGAAACUGCUGCUGCUGCUGCUGCUGCUGAUGAUGAUGAUGAUGAUGAUGAUGAUGAUGAUGAUGAUGAUGAUGAUGAUGAUGAUGAUGAUGAUGAUGAUGAUGAUGAUGAUGAUGAUGAUGAUGAUGAUGAUGAUGAUGAUGAUGAUGAUGAUGAUGAUGAUGAUGAUGAUGAUGAUGAUGAUGAUGAUGAUGAUGAUGAUGAUGAUGAUGAUGAUGAUGAUGGUCAGGAUAAUCAUGGCGUUGACAAGGCUAGCUGUUGCUGCAUUCCCGUUUCUCCUGUUUAUCCUUUCUGCAUCUUUUCACCUGCAUUGAACCCUUCGCAUUUGUCACCUUGUAACUCAUUCAUCCAACCAUUGUCUGCCGUCAUCCUUCCUUCCCCUUCUCUCCUGUCUCCUUUUUCCGACCGUUUGCUUUUCCGUUUGCCACACGUCCAGUUUGCAUUCGUGGAGGAGGCAGCAGCAGCAGUGGCUAGGAUAGAGGCCGCCCAGCUGGCUGCCACCUUGCACAAGGAGAAGAAUAAGAUCAGGGUAGAGGGGGAAGCACAGGCUCAGGUGGAUUUCCAGGAGGGUGCUCAGGUGGGCGGUCAGGUGGGCGAGGGGAUAGUGAGGGGGCGGCGGGACGGCACGCGCACAACAGUGAUGGUGAGGAACAUCCCCAACCGGUACAACCAGGCCAUGCUGCCUGUUGAGUCGACUCAAGACAAGGCAGCUUCUGAGUCGCCUCAAAAGUCACGAAGGGACGGCACGCGCACGACGGUGAUGGUGCGCAACAUCCCCAACCGGUACAACCAGGCCAUGCUGCUCGCCCUGCUGGACGCCCACUGCCUCCACUGCAACUCCCAGCCUCCCUGCUGGCCCUGGGCUGCUGUGCGCGCGGAGGAGCAUUGGGAGCCGCUCUCUGCUUAUGAUUUCGUCUACCUUCCCAUCGACUUCAAGAACCGGUGCAACCUGGGGUAUGCGUUUGUGAACCUCACGACGGUGACAGCAGCACUGCGGCUGUUCCGCGCCUUUCACCUGCAGCCGUGGGAGGCCUUCAACUCGAGGAAGGUCUGCCGCAUCUCCUACGCCCGCGUGCAGGGACGGGCAGCGCUGGAGGAACAUUUCCGCAACUCGCGCUUUGUGUGCGACACGGAGGAAUUUCUCCCGCUCGUGUUCUCCCCGCCACGCAACGGCAUCUCCUGCCCUCCCCCGGUGCUUGCUGCUGGCCACAUGGCAGGCCAGCAGGUAACUCUCACUGGCGGUAACCACCACAGCACACUCACGUCUGACCCUAGGUCUCCCCGGCGCGAUGACCAGCUCGGCUGUUUCUUCCAGGGCCGGCUCUCCGAGGUCAGAUAA